GACAUUCUUCAUUCGUUAAAGAAUGGGAUCAGAUCAUACACAUAGACGAUGGAGUCAUUUGCGAAAAGUUUUGGAACGAUCUGGACCGUUUUGCCGGCCGGAUUUCGAACCAUCAGCGGACACCUUACAAUUUUUAAUGGAAAGUUGCAAACUCCUCGUCGUUGGUGCCGGUGGGUUAGGUUGUGAGUUACUAAAAAAUCUAGCUUUGAUGGGGUUUAGACAGAUCCACGUUAUCGAUAUGGAUACCGUUGAAUUGUCCAAUUUAAACAGGCAAUUUUUAUUUCGCCAUAAGGACAUUGGUGCUCCAAAAGCUGAUGUCGCUGCAAGAUUCAUUAACGCUAGGAUACCAGGUUGCAACGUGGUGCCACACUUUUGUAAAAUUCAAGAUACAGAAGAUGUGUUCUAUCGACAGUUUCACAUAAUAGUUUGUGGCUUAGAUUCAAUAGUAGCGAGAAGAUGGAUUAAUGGUAUGUUAAUAUCACUGCUAGAGUAUGAAGAUGGAGAAUUGGAUCAGUCCAGUGUAAUACCAAUGGUUGAUGGAGGUACCGAAGGUUUCAAAGGAAAUGCUAGGAUUAUCUUGCCUGGAUUAACUGCCUGCAUUGAGUGCACAUUAGAUCUUUAUCCACCUCAGGUUACGUAUCCACUAUGUACGAUAGCGAAUACACCUCGAUUGCCAGAACAUUGUAUAGAGUAUGUCAAGGUAAUACAAUGGCCAAAGGAAAAUCCAUUUGAAUGUACCAUUGACGGAGAUGAUCCACAACAUAUCAAUUGGAUUUAUGAAAAAUCUACAGACCGAGCCACUCAAUUUGGUAUUCAAGGAUUAACUUACAGAUUAGUACAAGGAGUUGUAAAGAACAUAAUUCCUGCUGUUGCAUCUACAAAUGCAACAAUUGCUGCAACUUGCGCUACCGAAGUCUUUAAACUUGCAACUAGUUGUUGCUCAUCAUUGAAUAAUUACAUGGUUGUUAAUAACUUGGAUGGCAUUUAUACAUAUACUUACGAAGCAGAGCGAAAAGAUGACUGUUUGGCUUGCAGCCAAGUUCCUAAAGAAAUCGAAGUAAAGAAUGCAAAUAUCAAACUGAAGGAUUUCAUCUCUUUGCUGUGUGAGAGACCAGACUUACAAUUGAAGAACCCUGGUAUUACAGCCAAUAUCGGUGGAAAAAAUAAAACCCUCUACAUGCAAACAGUGAGCAGUAUUGAAGAAAAGACGAGAGAUAAUUUAAUUAAAACUCUAGCAGAGCUAGGUCUUAUAGAUGGAACUGAACUAAUGGUUGCCGAUGUUACAACACCAAAUACUGUUGUGUUAAAAUUAAGAUUUCCACAAACUGAUGUUGUCAUGGAGUAACUUAUGUUCAAACUUGAACAAAGGAAAAUCUGCAUUUAUCAUUUACAUGGAUGUCAAGUGCAGUAUGAUGUGUUUUCAAUUUGAGUCAUGAUUUGUAUGAAAUACUAUGAUUGUAACAUUACUUUAAAACGAUAGCUAGACUUUUAAUACUGGAAGAAGUCUAGAGAAUUCCAGUAAUGUUAUGAUGGUUUCUAAUGUUGUUCUAUAUUUUUACUUUGCUCCAGUUAGAAGUCAUGGAUCGUAGCAAACUUAUUGACGAAUGGUACACAAUAAAAUUGAUACAAUAUUAUAA